UUUUUCAUCUCUUCAAAAUCGACUUCAAACGAGACGCCAGAUAUAACCCCCUUGAGGUGUGCCCUGUUACGAAGAGACAGACAUGACACUUCAAACUUAUCAAAUUUGGGGAGACGCACAUUUCUUCCGAUCCGCAGAAGCACAAAAAAAUCGAAACAAGGCCGCCUCUCGUGACCCUCACAGCCUUCACUUUACCCAACACUCUCUCCGCCAGUUUGGAUAUCUCAAAUGGUUUCUUCAAGAUUGGUAAUCUGCUCAGCUGCUCCUCAUUAAGAAACGGUACUUCUACUAGAUACGAAGGGACACUCUCAUCACUGUACACUACUUUUGCUACACUAAUUCUCCUCGGGUCUACCGCCAUUCGAUUCAGAAUCCACUUCAUCGUCCGCUUCCGCCUUCUUUUCCUCACCAAGUCUCUCCCAGACCAUGCUCAAAGUCGAAGAUCUACAUCAAAAAAGGAAUCUUUGCUCACUGUUAUGCUGCUCCCAAACAUGAUGAUUUAAUAAAGCUAUCAUGGUGAUUUAAUAAUGCUAAUGUGGUAAUUUACCUUGAAGGCGAUUUGAAUAAAGCUUGAAGCUUUAUUAAAUCACCUCAUCUGGGAACAACGAAACAGCGAGCAGACAUUAAUUUGUUUCUAUGUUGGUGUACAUAGUUGAACAUGUUUGACCAAACCCUCUACUUACUUAAGUGGGAUCCUAACUGACUAAAGCACCUAAACCAUAAAAACAGACCUACGGUUGGCUAUCUAGGAACUGCUAACAAUGUGUUGAGAAAUGGUUGCAUGGCCCCUAUACACUAACCUCUGACAUCUAUAAAAACAGCUCAUGCCUAUAAGACAGUUGUUGUUUUGUUCUUAUUCAACUCAAGUGUUGAUAACGGACAACACGUCUUAGUGAAGAAGGUAAAAGCUAGAGUCAAUAACUACACAGCAACCUAUGUGGAUAAAACGCUCUUGGCAAAAUAUUUUGAAAUAAUUGAAUUGUUUAAAGUUGUUUGAACUUUGCUUGUUAAGACAGGGCAAUAGAAAAAUAAGGACAUAUUAUGACGUUACACGGACAUUACAUAAAAUAUGUUUUAUUGUGUGCUAACGUGUAGGCAUGGAAGGAUCGAGAAACAAUAAGAAGCAGAUAAGAAGUUCAUUUGGGUGUGUUUAUAGCUUAGCGCCUUAACGAUCCUGUAUAAUUGACUUAGCCCAACCGGCAGGUGUAGCAGGAUCCCACUUUGCUCUCCGCUGACCAUGAAUAUUACUUUCAUCUUGACUUGUCUCCACUGAAUCACUCACACAGAGUUGCUUUUCAAGGGGUCAAGCGAAAAGCCUGCUUUACAGAGAGAAGGACCCAGCCUCCCAGCUUCUGGAUAUCGUACAUUGUCAGGACGUACAAAAAAACACACACACAUCACAGUCCGUGUUGAUAUACAUUUGCCUUUUAAAAGACACAACGGGGCUAUUUCUUUCACCUGAAAACACAACAUGGGGAACGCCAAGAGCAGCGCCAUUUCCAAGGAGAUCCUGGAAGACCUGAAGCUCAGCACCAGGUUCACUGAGACGGAGAUCACCCAGUGGUACGAGAGCUUCCAGAAGUCGUGUCCCUCUGGACGUAUCACGCCCAAGGAGUUCGAGGUCAUCUACAGCCGCUUCUUCCCCGAGAGCAACGCCCAGACGUACGCGCAGCACGUCUUCCGUUCCUUCGACACCAACGACGACGGCACUCUGGACUUCAAGGAGUACAUAAUUGCGCUGCACCUGACGUCCACGGGCAAGACCGCCAGGAAGCUGGAGUGGGCCUUCUCGCUGUUCGACGUGGACAAGAACGGAUACAUCACCAAGUCGGAAGUGACCGAGAUCUGCAGCGCUAUUUUCAAGCUAAUUCCCAAGGAUGAACAAGCUGAGCUGCCCAAUGACGAGAACACACCGGAGAAGAGGGCCAACAAACUCUGGACAUUCUUUGAGAAAGAAGACAAUGAGCGAGUUGCAGAAGGAGAGUUCAUCAAGGGUGUGAUGGACAAUGAGGAUGCGCUUCGCCUCAUUCAAUAUGAACCUGCCAACAAGUAACCCUCUGCUAAUAAAGUCCUAUGGUCAUAGGACAUGACCGUAAGAGUUGACCAUAGGAGUUGACAAGACAGCACGAACAGAUCUGGGAUCAGGCUCCUACAUUCCACAUUCCCCACCCCUAUCCUCAAUUUACCCAUCAUAAUGCAGAAAUUAUUUCUUUUUAAUCCCAGUCUAACUUCAAUGUUUAUCGGACUUCGGUUCAAAUAGUAUAUGUUUUCCUCCAAAUACUUUAGCUGCGCGUGAUUGUAAAAAGAUACCAUGAACCCGCAACCCUGGCGUUGCAAGCGCUAUGCUCUACCAACUGAGCUACACGGGACAUUACUUUUUACUAUAUACUGGUAUUGUUCUUACAGUAUACUGUAUGCUGGUUCUGUUUUUAAUAUAUACUGUAUACUGGUAUUGUUCUUACAAUAUACUGGUACUGUUUUUACUAUAUACUGGUACUGAAUUUACUAUAUACUGUAUGCUGGUUCUGUUUUUACUAUAUACUGUAUACUGGUAUUGUUCUUACAAUAUACUGUAUGCUGGUACUGUUUUUACUAUAUACUGUAUACUGGUACUGUUUUUACUAUAUACUGUAUUCUGGUACUGUUUUUACUAUAUACUGGUAUUGUUUUUACUAUAUACUGUAUAUUUUUGGGACUUGAUAUUUAGCUUUGGAAUGUUUUGAGAAAGGGUAAAGAGUAUUAAGAGCUGGUAAGAGGGGUUUAGAAAAUGAAAGCAAGCAAUGAGUAAUCUGUUGAUAAUACUUCAUACCAGUGUGUUACUCAUUAGCUAAUCAUUUGUUAAAUAUUUUGAUAUGCGUACCAAUAAAGCAAUAAUAGCAAAGGUAGUGCAAACUUAGGAUAAUGUUUUAGGACCUUUUAGAGAUCUUUUAGAGAUCUUUUAGAGAUUGUGUUUAAAACUUGGUCCGUGUUGACAUAAGACCUUGAUCUUGAUACCGACAGACACAAUCUAAUAUAAAGGUCAAGGGCUAAAUACUGUAGACUCACACAAUGCCAACUACGAUACAAUUCUUUAUGGCAUUUACCUCAUGAAAUCUCCUCUUUUCACUCAGAGUUUGCCCCUGUUAUUGAAGGUUAAGGAUUGUGAGUUUCAAUUCAUUUCUUUGUCUUAAUAUUAUCCUCUGAAAAUGACAGACACAAACGUUAUCAAAGUGCUAAUGCACUGAAAUUAUUGCUGAACUAUCAAUCAAUCAAUCAUAAAGCCCUUCUUACAUCAGCUGAUGUUACAAAGUGCUGUACCGAAACCCAGCC